CCCUGCCAUGGCAGCCAUUCUCCUGAAAACCAGGCCCAAGGUGCCAGUGUCUUUUGAGGAUGUAUCCAUAUACUUCACCAAGACAGAAUGGAAGCUUCUGGAUAUCAAACAAAGGAUCCUCUACAAGCGAGUGAUGCUGGAGAAUUACCGUCAUUUGGUGUCACUGGGACUUUCAUCCUCCAAGCCUCACCUGGUCUCUCUGUUGGAACGAGGGGAAGGGCCCUGGGCCGCUGACACCUACAGGACAAGGGCUGCCACAGGAAUACAGCCAGGUGAAAGGAUCAAGAGCCAUGCGUUCAGUUCCAAGGAGAAACAUUGUCCAAAAGAAUCGGCAGGGGCCAAUUUUCAGGGUGGCAGCAAGGGCCAGGUACCCAGGCUAGAGAUGGUACAGAGAAGUAAUCGCAGCAUUAGGCAAGAUCUGGUCUCAAGGCAACAGUGUUCCAAAGGGGCAGAGAAGCGGUAUCUGUGUCAGCAGUGUGGGAAAUCUUUCAGCCGGAGCUCCAACCUCAUCAAACACCGCAUAAUCCACAGUGGUGAGAAGCCCUAUGAAUGCUCUGAGUGUGGGAAACUCUUCCGGCGCAGCUUUGCCCUCCUGGAGCACCAGCGCAUCCACAGCGGUGAGAAGCCCUACGUGUGCGAUGAGUGUGGGAAGACCUUCACACGCAGCUCCAACCUCAUCAAGCACCAGAUUAUCCACAGUGGCGAGAAGCCCUACAAGUGUCCAGAGUGUGGGAAACUCUUCCGGCGCAGCUUUGCCCUGCUGGAACACCAGCGCAUCCACAGCGGCGAACGGCCCUACGAGUGCAGUGAGUGUGGGAAGGCCUUCAGCAGGAGCUCCAACCUCAUUGAGCACCAGCGCACCCACAGUGGGGAGAAGCCCUACACAUGCAGUCAGUGUCCAAAAGCCUUUAAAGGCGUCUCUCAACUCAUUCACCACCAGCGCAUCCACAGCAGAGAGAAGCCAUUUGAGUGCAAGGAGUGCGGGAAGGCCUUCCGGGGGCGCUCAGGCCUCAGUCAGCACCGCCGGGUGCACAGUGGUGAGAAGCCUUAUGAAUGCAGCGAGUGUGGGAAGACCUUCAGCAGAAGAUCCAACCUCUUCAAGCACCAGGUGGUCCACAGUGAAGAGAGGCCCUACGAAUGUCAAGACUGCAAGAAGGUGUUUCGGAGCAGCUCGCUCCUCCAGGAGCACCGACGGGCGCACGAGUGUGGGAAGGCCUGUAGCAAGAGUGGCGAGAGGCCCUGCACGUGUGGCGAAUGUGGCAAGUGUGGCAAGGCCUUCAAGGGGAAAUUGCAGCUCCGUCACUCUCAGAAAACUUGCCAUGGAAGGAAGGAUUUGGAAGAGAGCGACUGUGAAAAAGCACCAGCCUCCUUGGCCCUCAAAAGUCCCAUUGAAGAGCCCCAGCCUGGAGAUGAGAAACAGGGAAUGGAUUCUGAAUGCACAGCUGUCCACAGUGCCAUCUGA